CUUUGAAUAUUGAAAAUUCUCAGAAAUCUCCACACAUAGCGUUUUCGCUAAAUACUAUUGCAAUGGACGUUUUUAAAGUUUCUACGGUGCCAAAGUGAACGUGACAGCCGAACCCUACAUGCCUUACUGGGACGAGGAAGAGGUGCUGGCCGCUGAUGGUUCCAAGACAAUCGUGUACCGUGGCUCUGACUACCUCAUGGUGGAUGCUAUUGCCUCGGCUCUUAAUUUUACUGUCCGCGUCCUUCCGACGUCAUCGUGGACUGAGGUGAGUUGUUGAGUUACAUCAUGUGAUCCCACCAUUUGGAUGUUAAGUCCCCUAAACAGAUAGUUGUUCUAUGAGCGGCUAAUCAUUUGAUUAAUCUCUUGAAUUAACUGUGACUAACCUCUUCCCAUAAUGGGAAAACAAAAUGCCAGUUUCGUAGACAACUCCAGUCACUUAAGCAAAAACAUAUAAGUUUUCUCAAGACCUGAACAUUUUCUUUUGUUACUCUAAUUUUAUUAUGUAUCUACUGAUGAGUAAUUUCCCUUCCAAGGUAACAAGUCUGGUGGAGGAGAAGACUUCACUGAUAUCUUCAAUUACUCAUAGUAUCCUACCUGAGCGAGUCGAAAAAUUUGACUUCACUUACUUAUUUGAAAAUUCAUAUGCGUCAUUUGGCUUGGCUAAACCCAACCUGGAGCCUCGAUGGAAAAGCAUUUACUAUCCUCUGUCUACUGCAGUGUGGUCAGCAAUGGUUGGGCAUGUUGUCUUCUUGCCAUUCCUUUUGUGGCAGGUAAAAAAAAAAAUAUAUGUAUUACCAACUCACAUCUGUACAAUGUUGUUGAUAAACAUCAUAAAUCUACCAAAAAAUGUAUUCCACAGCUCAUUCGUGCAGGACAUGAUAGACACCCAAACGUGGGAGUGGGGGUAGUGUUCCAGGACAUGGUGGGGAUGCUGCUCGGCCAGAACCUUCCCCGCAGGCUGUCCUAUACCUCCUCCAGCAGGGUUCUGGUGGCUGCCUGGCUGGUGUUCGCCCUUAUUCUCGGGGUGGCCUACCGCGGUAACUUAACUGCCUCUCUCACCCUUCCCAAGUAUCCUCCGCGCCCAGAGACACUCAAGGAAAUCGUCGACAGCGUUGACAUAAUAACCAUUCCUAGUUACGGUAAACACUUCCGUAAAUACUACAGUGAUUCUGAGUCACCAUUAUUUCAAGCUCUGGGCAAUCUUUUGAACCCUGGACCUUCACUCAUGGAGGGGCUCAAGAUGGCGUUGGUGAAAAGAAGCGGCCACCUAGAUGCAAGAAAGUACAUUCAGUAUCAAAUUCUGGACAAGUUUACGGAGAAAGACGGCAGCACCCCUCUCUACGUCGCUCGUGGGUCCGUCUCUCCCACCCCUUCCGGAUGGCCAAUCCCGCACGAUGCGCCGUACAAGGCUCACUUGGACGGGUUAAUCGUGGCCACCUUGGAGGUGAAUCUUGUUGAUUAUUUUAAAUCUUAAUAUUCUUUCC